CCGCCAUGGAAAGCGGUGGCAGAGGGAACGUGUGCGACUACAGCCACAACGUCACCUUCUUCUACGACUACGUAGGUAAGGACAUCAGCAGAGACUGGCGUGUCAGGGACUGUGUGGUAGUGGUCCUGGGCCUGACCAUCUGCCUCAUCAUGAUCCUGUCCAACAUAAUGGUGAUGGCAGCCAUCUUGAUCAACCGACGCUUCCACUUCCCCAUCUACUUCCUGCUAGCCAACAUGGCCGCCGCGGACCUGUUCGCCGGCUUGGCCUACACCAACCUCGUGCUCAACACAGGGCCCUGGACCAUCAGGUAGUGCAGACAUUAGGCUAGAGGCGGGUCAGUAACCGGAGGGUCACUGGUUUGAAUCAGUAUCCUAGAUACCUGCCAUUGUGCCCUUAAGCAAACUUAACCCUCAACUGCUCCACGGGCCCUACACUGUGGCUGACCCUGUCUUCCAACUUCUCAGUAGGUGUUUGUAAUGUAUGUGUGUCUCGAGUGGGUUUGGAUAAAGGACAUACUAAUCUCAGUGUCUCUGUGACAGUUGACAACAGAGGAAUCCUCUUCUUCUUCAGGCUGUCCAAGCAGCAAUGGUUCAUUAGGAAUGCUCUGGUGGACAUGAGCCUGACGGCGUCUGUGGCCAACCUGCUGGCUGUGGCGGUGGAGCGUCACCAGACCAUAAUUACCAUGCAGGUAAAAAGACUAACUACUCUAACAGACUGCAAAGCCUUUUCCUUUGAAUUAGUCUGGCUGUCCUUUUAGUAUCUUAUGACGUAUUUUUACUAAUUUGUAUCAUUCUAUUCUAAUUUGUGUUAGUUUAUUAUGUACAUUGAUUUGCUGUCUCUGUAUGUACUGUGUUAUAUGUUUAUUUUUAUUAUGAUUAUGCAGCUGCACAGCAAGAUGACCAACCGGCGUGUGGUGCUGCUGAUUGUAUGCAUCUGGGCAGUGGCUAUCAUCAUGGGGCUGGUGCCCUCCAUGGGGUGGAACUGUGAGUGCCAGCUUAGUGACUGCUCAAUCAUUGCCCCGCUCUACAGCCGCAGGUAACCGUCUAGGAUCAGGUUCCCCUUGUCCAUAUAAUAUUAUUUAUUAAGCAAAGCUGAUCCUAAAUCAGCAGUCCUACUCUGAGAUGCUUGAUACAUAUGACCCCUGGUCGAGAGUGAGCUGGCAAAUGGACUGGAGGGUUGUUGGCGUCCAAGUAUCCUAGAUGCCAUCUCCUGCUGUUGUGCCCUAGCCUAGAUCAAGGCACUUAUCUUGCCUAAAUCUGCUCCAAGGGCGCUGCUGCUCUGUGGCUGGCUGACCUUGGCUUUCAACGUGUGUCUCAGGAUGUUGGGUUAAAAGCAAAAGACAAAUGAUCAAAAUCUACAAAGAAAAAGGACAAAGUAUUUUCUUCUCCAGGUAUAUGAUCUUCUGGGCAUCUCUCAACCUGCUCACCUUUUCUGUCAUGGUGGCUGUGUACGCACGCAUCUAUGUCUAUGUGAGACGUAAGGGUAAACGGAUGUCUCAGCACACCUCCCACCAUCUGAGGCACAACGAGACUGUCGUCAACCUCAUGAAGACUAUCUCUAUUGUACUGGGUGAGUGAGUGUGAUCUGCAACUGGCCUGGAAUGUACACUUCCAAGAGGAUGUGAUGCUAAUGAAACUAAUACUGUUUAACACUCGUGCCAUUUUAUCUUACUGUUUCUAUUCUCAAAUCAUUUCCAUUCCAUGCACAUCUCUACUUACAACUGACUCAUUGCUAAAAGGUACCUAACCCUUUUCCAGAUCUUUGCAACUCUCUAAAACAUACAUACUAUUUUUAAUGUAAGGUAGUGGUGAACAUAAUUGUUUGAUUUCAUUGACAAGUUAAUGGCAUGGUUAUGGCACAUCCUCAUCUUUUCCUCCUUGGCUUCCCUCCUCUCCCUAGGUGUGUUUGUCAUCUGUUGGACGCCGGGCCUGAUGACCCUGUUGCUGGAUGGGAUCAUGGGUAAAGACAGCCAUGCCUUGACCUAUGAGAAGUACUGUCUGAUCCUGGCUGAGUGUAACUCCCUGGUUAACCCUAUUAUCUACUCCUUCCGGGACGAGGAGAUGAGGAGGACCUUUAAGUGUAUACUGUGCUGCCUGUGUAGGAGGAGCUCUGACCACCAGGGAGAGCAGUCACCCAUGGAGUUCAACACACUGCAACCAGAGGUAGGUUACCACAGAAAGAUUAAGGGUCAGCUCUUUCAACAAAAACAAUAUGCGAUUCCUGGCAUCCUAUCUCCUUACCUCCUUCUCAACUGUAUUGAAGGAGAAGGUCCAUGGUCCCUCUCUUUUGACCUUCUUGUCUAAUGGGUUUUGUGAACAAGGCGAUAGGGUGCAAAGAAUCAAGGAAAGAUUGAGAUAGAACCCCAUUACGAUGCUAUAGGCUUUAACUUUUUAUACGGUGUAUGGGUUCUAAUCAUGCUUUUUGUUGUGUUCUCCGACAAAUGUGUUAUUCUUGCUUUUACUUCACAACGGGUUACCAUUCUGGCUCACAUGACACUUUUCCUCUUUUGUUUCUGGCCUUCAGUGUGUUUCACCUAGAUUUUCAUUUCUUACAAUGAUUCAAAAGCCGGUGCUUUAUUUUUGCAACAACAAAAAAACAACUAGCGAGGGGUGACCGAGAAUGUUUCUUUACCCCAAGCUGCUCUGGCUUGAACUUUGACUGGCGGCAAGUAGCCUGGCGGGUAGGAGCGUUUGGCCAGUAACCGAAGGGUUGCUGGAUCGAAUCCCUGAGCUGACAAGGUAAAAAUCUGUCAUUCUGCCCCUGAGCAAGGCAGUUAACCCACUGUUCCCCGGGCGCCGAAGACGUGGAUGUCGAUUAAGGCAGCCCUCCGCACCUCUCUGAUUCAGAGGGGUUGGGUUAAAUUCGGAAGACACAUUUCAGUUUAAUGCAUUCAGUUGUACAACUGACUAGGUAUCCCCUUUGACUGACUGACACAUAUUCCAACUCCUGACUAGGUACAUUUCCUUUUUUUUUUUUUUAUUCCAAUGGAAUAUUCGAUGGGAAUAUCUGCUUAGUUGGUGGAUGUAGUGCUGUGCUUGUAACCGCUCUCUCUGCUUGGUGCUCUUCUGCAACUUUAUCUCCACAAAAAAAAAAUGGAAUACCUUUCCUUUUCCUUAGGGAGAACAAACUUUAGACUGAGAGACUACAUACAGCAAAACCAUUGUGUAUUUUUUUCUCCUGAAUGCGUUGGUUUGGAUUGUUUAAGACAAAAUAGAUUUUCUGUCUGCCAUCAUUACAUGAUUUCUGAAAGAAAACACAUUUGAGAGCUUUGUAUUCCAAAUGUUUUGUUGUUGGUAUAGACUAACAAUAAUUUUAAUAUAAUGAUGACGCUAUAAUUUCCUCCCUUAUCUCGUGCCUCUUCAUCUUUCACCUUGGCUUCUCCCUUUAGACUUUAACCUAACACUUGCCACUGUCACAGCGUGCCACUAUCUUUGUGAGCAAUUACUAUUUAUGAUAUUGAGCAGUAUUGUGUGUCUGCCUCUACGCAGAGAUACAGUGCCUUCAGAAAGUAUCAACAAAAUAUAUAUACAGUAUAUAUUAUAUAUAUCAAAAAUGAUUCAUAACUCUUGACUUGUUCCACAUUUUGUUGUGUUAAAGUCUGAAUUCAAAAUGUAUUAAAUGUUUUUUCUCACCCAUCAACACACAAUACCCCAUAAUGACAAAGUGAAAACAUGUUUUUAGAAAUUCCCCAAAUCUAGAUGUGCGAAGCUGAUAGACGUACCAAAGACAUCUCAAAGCUGCAAUUGCCGCCAAAGGUGCUUCUACAAAGUUUUGACUUGGGGGUGUGAAUACUUAUGUAAAUGAGAUUUCAUUUUCAAUAAAUUUGCUACAAUAUCUAAAAACAUGUUUUCCCUUUGGGCCCGAUUCCGACCAGAGUGAAGCUUGUAAAUGGACUUGAAAUGAAUACGCACUUUUCUCUCUAUGCGUAUUCUGACCUUGAACUUAAGCAUGGGAAUAGUGUGCUAUUCACCUGCUUUUUGUUUUGGGUGGAGAUCAAAUAAAUGAAGAUGUGGCGGAGGUGCGUCUACAGAUACGCCGUAUUCUGACCUUGACUUAAUUCCACCACCUUUACUCGUGAGGAAUCCAUGAAUAAGGUCUAGUGAACUGGUUUCAAGUAGAAAAAGCGUCUACUUCAUUUUUCCCAAUAGAAAUAAUACCAUUCUCCAUGCACUGUAAUUUUUAACUUGAUAAAUAACUAGAUACAUUUAUAACUAGAUAAAUUAGUAUUCCUUUUUUAAUAAGAGAAUUGUAAAUAUAAAUGACACUUGUUUUAGAUAUAGUUUACCUUAUCGCUGGAGACAUGAAACCAGUCAUGGCAGCAAGCUGGAGUAUAUCAACUUUCCCACAGUAAAGUUGAUGAAAUACUGUGCCAUUAUGGCCUUUUAACUUGCAGGGAUGGGCACUCUCGAAUGUCUUGGUUAUAGGCUACCCCGACUUUCGCGUACCUAUUUCUAUCAUGUUAAAUAUUAACCACUACCAGUAGGCCUAAUAACAACACAUAUUCAACGGUCAAUUUACUGUUCGUACCCUUCAGUUGGUACAGCCUACAUUAUCAUUCCAUUUCAUUACAUUGUUUCAUUUACUUUCCUCUGUAAAUGCUGUCACGGCCAUGUGGUUGUUGCUGAGGAUCCUUAGUAACGGUUGAUGAUAUAUACACUGCUCAAAAAAAUAAAGGGAACACUAAAAUAACACAUCCUAGAUCUGAAUGAAUGAAAUAAUCUUUUUUCUUUACAUAGUUGAAUGUGCUGACAAGAAAAUCACACAAAGAUUAUCAAUGGAAAUCAAACUUAUCAACCCAUGGAGGUCUGGAUUUGGAGUCACCCUCAAAACUAAAGUGGAAAACCACACUACAGGCUGAUCCAACUUUGAGGUAAUGUCCUUAAAACAAGUCAAAAUGAGGCUCAGUAGUGUGUGUGGCCUCCACGUGCCUGUAUGACCUCCCUACAACGCCUGGGCAUGCUCCUGAUGAGGUGGCGGAUGGUCUCCUGAGGGAUCUCCUCCCAGACCUGGACUAAAGCAUCCGCCAACUCCUGGACAGUCUGUGGUGCAACGUGGCGUUGGUGGAUGGAGUGAGACAUGAUGUCCCAGAUGUGCUCAAUUGGAUUCAGGUCUGGGGAAUGGGCGGGCCAGUCCAUAGCAUCAAUGCCUUCCUCUUGCAGGAACUGCUGACACACUCCAGCCACAUGAGGUCUAGCAUUGUCUUGCAUUAGGAGGAACCCAGGGCCAACCGCACCAGCAUAUGGUCUCACAAGGGGUCUGAGGAUCUCAUCUCGGUACCUAAUGGCAGUCAGGCUACCUCUGGCGAGCACAUGGAGGGCUGUGCGGCCCCCCAAAGAAAUGCCACCCCACACCAUGACUGACCCACCGCCAAACCGGUCAUGCUGGAGGAUGUUGCAGGCAGCAGAACGUUCUCCACGGUGUCUCCAGACUCCAGACGGCCUCCUCCACGUCUCCUGAUGUACCGGCCUGUCUCCUGGUAGCGCCUCCAUGCUCUGGACACUACGCUGACAGACACAGCAAACCUUCUUGCCACAGCUCGCAUUGAUGUGCCAUCCUGGAUGAGCUGCACUACCUGAGCCACUUGUGUGGGUUGUAGACUCCAUCUCAUGCUACCACUAGAGUGAAAGCACCGCCAGCAUUCAAAAGUGACCAAAACAUCAGCCAGGAAGCUUAGGAACUGAGAAGUGGUCUGUGGUCACCACCUUUAAAACCAGUCCUUUAUUGGGGGUGUCUUGCUAAUUGCCUAUAAUUUCCACCUGUUUUCCAUUUGCACAACAGCAUGUGAAAUUUGUCAAUCAGUGUUUGCUUCCUAAGUGGACCGUUUGAUUUCACAGAAGUGUGAUUGACUUGGAGUUACAUUGUGUUGUUUAAGUGUUCCCUUAAUUUUUUUGAGCAGUGUAUAUUUUUAAAGACAGACUAAUUCAAUCGUUAUGGAGUGGAGUGCAGACCAAGCCAUAACAGUUUGAACCCGACGCAUGGUGCUAUAGACUACUAGGCCGUGUCAUCACACAGUUCCAUGAUUAGUGCAGGCAAUAGAUGAGGGUAUUACCCACUAUUGUACACUAAUCUCUCUAUUAUAAUUCGAUGUACACUAAUCUUCCAACAUUACCAUGGGUUAAAGAACUUCAUGUGGCAAUUUUCAGAAUGAAUCAAACCACCUUUCUUUCUUUCGUGUGUAACGGCUCUCCAAACCAGUUUUUUGAUUCAUAAAUGCUUUCCCAACCCUAAAUAAUAGUAUUUUGAAAUCGACCAAUUGGUGCGGAAACAGAGCAAUAUGCACAUACUGUAUUUAGAUGGGUUUCUUUCAUUGAUCCCUAAUAUUCUGAACCCGUUCUCUCGAUAUAUUCUAUUGAGUCUGUCGACAAAAUUCGAACAAGAUUGGUACAACAUAUUUAAAGGGAUGGUAUAAGAUAAAUCUACUGAAAACCCUAUUGAAUGAAAUCGCCACAAGAAAAUCUGUUGGCCAGCAAGUGGGAGGGUUUUCAGCAGUUAAAUUAUUUAUUCAGCGCGCGCAAGGAAACCACGCCUGCAAAGCCCGUUACGCACCUUCAUAAGGUAAGUCUGAGUACCGUGUAAGAAAGGCAUAAUUCCCUAAGUCGGAAUCGGGCCCUUUGUAAUUAUGGGGUAUCAUGUGUAGAUGGGUGACAUUUUGGGGGGAUUGAAUUCAGGCUGUAACAACAAAAUGUGGAAUAAGUCAAGGAGUAAGAAUACUUUCUGAAGGCAUAGCGUACUAUACGAUUGAUUGAUAUUGUUCAACAGUAAAGCUGAUAGUGUGUCUGCUCCCCACAGGUAGAUAAUGGUUGUGAAGUAAAAUCAGAGGAUAAAGCCAACUUCACUGCCCUCCAGCUGAUAAAGACAGAGUGGGGACAAGCCUCUUCACCCUGACAGCUGGAUUAAAUCAGGAGUCAUAGAGACACCAUGGACAUAAGAUCUACAGCCACUCAUGAACUUGCUGAAGCGGUACAGAUUGCACAGUAGAAAUGUACAGGUAAUUGCAGACUGACAUAGUAAACUCUGCAUGUGAAUGCAGUCUCUGCUAACGCAGGGACAUUGCCUUUAAAUUUAAAUGACACUUAAGCUGAACUUCCACGAUACAGAUUGAAUAAAGCCCUUAGUGGGGUUGAAAUAGGACAAUGGACAAGCACUGGACAAGAUGGUUAUUAAUGACACCAUACUUACUUUCAUGUGUACAUUUUUGGAUGCUUGUUUGUACGUGUACAGUAGGUUUUGUUUAUCUAGAUGUUACACUAGCUAACACUGGGAUAUUUAGGGAAAGACUACCUCCAUGUGCCAUAAGUCAAUUCUGUGAUGCAUAAAGAGCCAUUAUAAAAUAUUGGCAUGGGGAUAUAGGGAUGCCUGGAAUUUAAACUAUCACGCUUUUACUAUUUCCUUAAAAUGAAACUAUAGUUAAACUGCGUGAUAUUCGAUCAUGCGUGCGUACAGGUGGUCCCGGGAAUCAAACCCACAAUCCUGGCAUUACAAGCAGCUCUACCUUUACCAAUUUACGUUCUCCUGCAGGUCUUGUAGGCGGUUACAGGCUAUUAUACUUUGGGCUUAAUUUGAGUGUUGAAUACAGAAUUAGGUAAAAUACCAUCAAAUGGUGUCGGUAUUUUAUUUGUUUAAAUGUCACAAGAGCAUAGAUGUAGUGACUAAUCAUAAAAAUAAAACAACCAACCCCAAAUAAUGAAAAGCACAAUUUUAUUAGUUUUUUUCUUCUAAUAAGGAACACUACAACUUGUCAUUAUUUUUACUCGUUCUAGAACAAUUCUAAAGUUGAGGUAUAAAAGGAAUUCAUACAGACUCACAGGUCUGGAAACAGUGGGGUUUUAUAUACAAGAGAAACUGAGACAGAGGUAGAGAGAGACGAGAGGGGUAUUUAAAAUACAGGGGGACGAAGAGGGAGCGAUAUACAAAGAUACUAACAAAAGUGACACAUUAAAGGGUUUAACGUAUCGUUUGAUUUGGUGCUGUGGAAUUCUAUGGCCGCAGGUAGAAUCUUAAAAUAUUAUAAUUCUAUGGUAGAAUCAAUCCUACAGUAGGUUGACUCAGUAUUGGCUCAACCUGUAUAGGAGUAGACUGCAGGAUUUGGGGUUGGUAGCACCAUCCUUGCAUUGAACUGUACCGUUACUACAAAAUACUGGGAGAAUUCAAAUUCACCAAUGAUAGGUAACCAUAUUAAUGGCGUCAAUCCAGACAAAAUGGCUGAAAUUGAAUGGAUAAGGGAAAUCAAGCGAUUUCUAAAAUGUGCGAGAAAUACGUUUUUCCCCCUGCUGUUGCGGUAAGGGCUGAUUAUAUGCUAGCAAGAUGGCCAACAAUGGCUCUAGCAUUAAUUCAGGGAUUAUUGCUAGACUGCGGUUUCACAAAUUCUAAUUGGAAUUCACACAGCACCAAACAAAACUAUGCAAAUAAUAUGCAAAUAAUCAUUCAACUAACAAAUGAACUUGACCCCAACCUCAGGAGAACACUAAAGACCAAACAACCAGGCAACUCACCCAAAAGGAAAAGCAAAAAUAAAGCAGAGGGUUUAUAAAAAGAGAAAAACAAACAUUCCACAAUCUGUACAGUGACAUCCAUUUACAACUGGUAGAAAAAGACAAAGGAAGAGGGGACUAAUUUGGUGUAGUAGUGGUAGCAUUAUUUGUAAGAUAUAAUAAGCCAUAUUAAAUGUUUAUAAUAUAAGUAACAGUAAACAAGGAAACUAAUUUGGGUAAUACAAUAAGAGUUCUCUGUAACGAUGUCUGUAUUUAACACACCCCAUUUCAAAUGUCUGUAUAUCUGUUUAAUAUAUACUUUGUCCUUUCUUUAUCAAAAUGCCCGGUACUCUUAACAGUUGAUGUAUGAUUAUAAAAAAAGAAAAGAAAGAGCUGAAUAAAAACUACAAAGGAAAUGAAAUCUGAGUCAAAUCAGAAUUUCUCUAAAGACUACCUUGUUUAUCGUAAUAAAACCAGUGCUGCCUUUUUGGUAACAGUUAUUAAGAACAGAGUAAAGCCCUUGCUGAUUGGCCAAAUCAUAGAGCUAACCAAUAGGACCCAUUUUCACCAGCGGAUUCUGAGAUAGAGUAAAGGGAGAAAACAACAUGCCAUCCCAUGGAACAGGUGCUCUCUAUGGCAACGAUGCUUUGUCUCCACGGCAACAAUACAAUCAAUUCUUAAGCACUGGUUGACUGACAUGACGGACAUAACAGGCCACCCCCCACCCACCCACCAAAUAACCCCAAACUAAAAUGACAUGAGGCCAGACAACACCAUAAAAAGACAAAUACAAUUCCCUCUACCCCAAAACUGAAUACUUUUUAUUCACCAACUUUUUUGUGUGAAAUAUAAUCAUCGUAAUUAUAUUAUUGAUAACUGGUAUUUUUGGUACGAUGCAAAGUUGUAGUGUGGCCUGUGAGCUAAACAGAUUAUGAGUAGAUGCUAGUUGUCAAGCCCUGUCUGGACUGGAGAUCCACCAGAGUCCUGCACAACGUAGCAAAACGGUUUGCAACCAAAAACACGUGUUCCUAUUGGAUACGUUCAGGUGGUAGCAGCAACCCGUAUCACUCGGUGCCCUACUGAAUAAUACCCUGCUAGUGGGGAGGCCACAGUUGUUAAAUAUACCAAAGAAGAAAUGAUACAAAAUGUAAAGGCUGAAUGUACACUAGAUGUACUAGAUGUACGCUUUGUGACUACAUGCACGUCGUACGCCCCAGGAAAGUUCUGCUCAAGAGACUGUUUGGUGGAGUAUAAACCCAGGGUCCUAUUCAUUAGUGUACACCGUAAGUGAAACGUUUUGCAACAGCAAACGAAAACAAGCAUUUCUUGUUGGACAAAUUCAGGUAAGUCCCCUGUUUCAGCCAGUUUGGUUCCUAAUGAAUACGGCCCAGCCUUACCCCGUAAGACUGGGCCGUAUUCAUUAAGCCAUCCCGAUUGAGACAUCUAAGAACUCUGUACAUACAGCAUAACGCAUCUACUCCUUUUUGGUCUGUGUCUUUGAGAAAACAAAAGUGAAGAAGCUAAAUAACUGGAAUAUUUAAAUGAGAACCAUCACUGAACACCUAAAAAGCCUACAUGCAUUGGAAGACGGUCACAAUUAUUUAUAAACAUUUUCAUGUCACAUUUCCCCCCCAAUGACAUAGCCAUCUCUCUGCCACUAAACUAAUUUCAUUCCACCCAUUUCACCGUCCCAACACCACUUUCAGGGUCUAUCAAACCUUAUUUGGUGGCUGGUGCAUUUCUUUGUGAAACAGCAUUAGAAAAAAAGGCUACAAUCAACUAAAAGUAGUUGACAGACAGAGGAAAGUAACGUCUACAGCUUUUGAUGACUAACCGAAGGGGGACGCAAUAGAAACAACCUUUGGAGGACUAAAGAGGAUCGCUCAUUUCCCCUCUCCCUUCAUCUUCAGUCCUGUCCUCAAGCCCACUGUACGCUCAACUCCCCAGAACUACUGUCACCAGGUAGAUGCACCUGUAAAAAGGUGCAAAAGUUUGUGCUUGACAGAUCUGUGUCCACGUUCCAUACAAGGGGUUGUAAAUCAUAUCUGCAUAUCUGACCUAUAAACAAUACUAAAAAAUAGAAGAAACAACGGUGGUGUCUUUGUGAUACUAGUUGCUGGGGGUUGGGGGGGGUAACAACUAUCAGGUUGGGGGAGAGAGGAGAGAGGACAUCACUUUGGUACAAGCAAGGUGAGCAGAGCUCAUCUUGUGAUCCGUAUCGCCACAGUGCCUGGCGUUAGUGUGUGUGUGUGACCGCUAUCACACACGUCAACACCAGAACCUCACAAGGGAUAGGUAAUGGACAGGCUGGGAACACUGUGUGGUGUUGACAUGAGCAUAUACACAGGUAAUGUACAGACAUCAUCACCUGCCCUACACAGCCAGGUUGGUUGGGUUAGUAGUUCCUCAAAAGGUCCUGGAGCUGGUGAGGGGUUAUGAUGUCAUGAUCAGGCGCCAGUCAGUCUCCUCUCCUCAAAUUCGAUAUGAAGACAAAGGAGCCUCCAGAAUUUCUGUAGAGUGGAAGGAAGGGAAAUGUCUUCUGUUCAGUUGUCCAUCU